AUGUUGCCGGGGCAGCCAGCGGCGGGGGCGGCUUUUCCGGCCUGCGCCCCGAUCGCGCCCGCCUUCCUGAUCCUGGGCUUGCCGGGGAGGGCCUUGGCCGGCAGCGCAGGCGGGCCCGGUUGCCUCCCGGCAGGCGCACGCUUUCCAGCACGUAGCGGGAACGGCGGCGACGUUGUGCAGGGCCCCCGCGGCGCCUUGGUCGCAGCGCCCGGCUUUCAGCGCGCCCGCCCGGUGGCAUGUUUACCCUUCAGCCCCAUCCAUGGCCCUGCGUCGCCGGCGCUUGGUGGUAUUUCUCCUGCCCUCCCUCGGCAGGUUGGCUGCUUGGCAGGCCCAUCGUGGCGCGCGUAUGUCCGCUUUGUCCGUGCAUGGCCGCUGCCGGAUUGUGACGAAGCGCUUGCUUCCUCCCUGCUGUUUUUAUCUCCGACUGCGGGGCGGCCAGGUUGUGUGAUAGUUUCUUCGUUCGUAGUAGGAGUCUGUGCAAGCAAGGGCGCUCCUGCAGUCAGAUUUCUGCUCUGCGCAUCGGAGUUGUCUGUGUGGUUCGUCUCAUCUAACGAAAAAGUUGUAAACUGUCGGCCCCGACGCCGACGACCUCGACUACAGUGUAAGCCGCGCCUGGGUGGUGCGCCGCGUGGAGCGGUUCUUAUGUAUACAUAAAAUCAAAAAUAAGGUUAAGGCGUGUGAGAGAGAUUCAUCGACUUCUCUGACAAGUAGAGUCGAGUGAGACAUGAUUUUUAUUUUUUUCAUCACGAGUAGGAGUAGGAGUAGCUCACCUUCGCGUACUUCAGCGCAAGGCAGAUUUGUAAUAAAAUUGAUUUCUUUGAUGUUGAUUGCUUUGCACGCGCUCCCCUGCGGAAGAUUUCCUUUCAGGAUCGCCGCGUCGCAGUAAAUCCGCUGGAGGAAGAUGAGGCCAAGCGAGUUCGUAACCCGGAGAAAGAAAAGCAGCGGCCGCGCGUCUUUGUGCUGGUGGCCGCCCAGAAAAUCAAAAAGGGAGAGCCCAGACUCCUCUCCUGCCCGACUUUUUGCCUGCCAGAGCCCUCUUUUCCCGGCGUUUUCGAGCAGCAGAUGUGUGUUAUUCUCGAACAGCAGUUGCUUGCAGAUGAACAACUGUCGAUAAUUCAGUGCACAUGAACAAAUUUAAUUUCGAUAUCGAUUUCAAUUUUCGUGCAUACAUACGUAGUAGAAAGAU